AUGGCAAACCACUUCGACUUCACCAUCCCGGGUUCGCUCCCUCGACCUGUUUACCAAAGCCGCGUGUACGGACGCGACGAGACUCCGGCCCAUCUGUUGCCGGUCAAGAUACAUUCCACGACCGGACACGUCUCUGCUGCGGAUACUCUCCUCUCAGACAACUCCGCCAACUCCGCCAACUCCGCCGAAUCUGUGGUUUUGAUUAAAACCUCUGCGUCAGACCCAAACCCUUCCCUCAUUGCUGACUUCGGCGUUGCCGUGGCAGGCAUCCCCUUUAUCAACGUGUCAGCCAUCAUCGCACCCGCGAGCUCUGUCGUCGUCGACUUCGCCGUCUCCGAAGGCUACCCCGGAAUCAAACUCGAAGAUGGAGACGGCCCCUAUCCGUUCUCUGCCGGCGCCGACACCAGCCGCAAAGCGCGUUUCCGAGUCGGCCACACCGGCUUCCACGAUGCGAAAUACAUUCAGGGCAGCCAGAGAUGGAUGAAGAUCACGCUGUCCUCUCCCGGGCCUUGCUGCGUGGCCAUUUCACGCGCCGGAUUCAUCCCCGCCACUUCCAAUGUCCCCGUCGACCGUCUCCCGGGUCAGUUUGAGUGCUCCGACUCGAGUCUCAAUGAGCUCUGGGGCUACGGUGCUCGCACCAUCCAGCUCAACUGUGCCCCUGAGCGGACGAUUCCUCCCCCGUGGCAGGUUUCCGAGGACAUGGGCGUCUUGAUAGAUUCGCAGCGGUGCAACUCGUACGGAUGGGGCGGAGAGUGGUCAGACUACGAUGCUGAGUUUGACGCGCUUGUCAUCGAGGGAGGUCUGGCCUGGUCUGUUCGCGCAAGCGGCAUCAUGCCCAGUGUCUUCUUCCAGCUGACCGUCACCGACGAUCGCACCAUUCUCGAGAUGUGGUGGGGAUACUACAACAAACAGCAAACGACGUUGGUACCCAUUUUGAUUUCCUCUGUCGAUAUUUCAACCCAACUAGAGUUGAACAAGUGGUACCGCCUCAAGACUCGCUGUGUCUGUGACGAGCCGUUUGUCAUUUCCAUCGACGGCAAGGAGGUUGCCACCUUUCGUCAGGGAAACAUCAAAUCCUCCGGACUAGGCUUCAUGUCAACUCCGGUCGACGCAUCGAAUUUCCCCUACGUGGCCAAAGGAGCAGUCGGCAUCGGUGCCGGCGCUGACCAGGUCUGCCGCUUCAAGAACAUGCUCGUUCGAUCGGUCCCAUCUCAAGAAAUACUCUAUACCUCUGGUCUCAACACCCCCGCCGUGCUGUCCGACUUUGGCGUUGGAUGGAACCAGUUCCCUUUCAUCUUCGAUGGCGCGAAGCGAGACCGCUAUCCCUGGACUGCAGAUAUCAUUGUCGGCGGAAAGACUCUCUAUUAUUCCACCGGUGGGACAGAGUUUGUCCGUGGCAACAUUGUUGCAUCGAUGCUGCGGUCUAAAGCAAGCAAGGAUACACCCGGCCUGUUUCCAAGUGGCGCUCCGCCCGGUAUGGACUUUAGUCGACCAAGAGACGAUACCAUGUUUCGCCUAUUGGCAGUCAACUAUUCCUUGUACUUGAUCCUAGUCAUCUACGAUUACUGGACCUUUACUGGAGACGAUGACUUGCUCCUGCUCUGUUGGGACAAGAUUGAAGGAUGCUUGGCAUAUUGCAAGGAGCGACUCAAUGAGGACAACUUGAUUAGCGUCAGCGGGAUGGACGCCGGCGACUAUGACUACUAUAACGGAAUCCAAGAGGGCGUGUCUACCAAGCGCAACGCCAUUUAUGUCGCCGUUCUCCGUGCCUGUGCCAAGAUGGCAGCGUCGGAGAUGAUCUCUGACGCGGAGAUGUCGGCGUCCCUUUUGCAGGCCGCCGAUCUAACCGCCAAGGCUGUUCUGAAUAAUUGCUACAAUCCCGUCAAUGGCUACUUCAACAUCACCGACUCCCGCACCACGGGCUUCCAACAAGAGACUCACGCUUGGCUCUUGCUCACCAACAUUGUUCCUCCUGAAAUGAAGACUCAAAUCUUGUCUCACUUUGCUUCUCUCUGCACUACGUCCCACAACUCUGCCCCGUUGUCCUUUUCGCCAGACACGACCAACCCUUCCCCACCAGCAGUCAUCUCCCCAAUCAUGUCAGCCAUUCAUGUCGACUCAGCGGUCCAUGCUGGGGAGAAGCAUGCCGUUGUGGAAGAGUACCUCCGUCGCGUGUGGGAGCCCAUGAUGGACAAGUCGAGCGAGCACUUUACCGGCACCACGUGGGAGUUUAUGACUGCUGAGGGCAAACCAUUCAAAGGAGACUUUUGUUCCUAUGCUCAACUCUUCAGUCCGGGUCCUACCUGGCUGCUGAGCGCGCACGUCUUGGGCGUACAGCCUUUAGAACCGGGAUUUGACAAGUACAUGGUGUGGCCCAAGCUGAGGCUCAGCAGUGUCAAUUGGGCAAGAGGCCGGGUUCCGACUCCUCGUGGAUCCAUUUUUGUGGCCUGGGAAGAUAAGGCUGACGGUUGGAGAUUGACUGUCAAGGCCCCUAGGGGCUUGGAUGGUGUUGUUGUAAUCCCGGACGAGAUCUGGAGCCGCAAUAAGGACAUGAUUGUGGGAGACGGUGGCGUUCAGGGUAGCAAGGAACUGGCAGUAGGUUUGGACGGUACUCUAGACGUAACAAUCAGAUUUUAG